GUCCUUGCCCUGGUCGAGGCUACUCUUGUUCAGAGUGUCUCAAUGGAUGGUUUUGUCCCCCAGAGGAAACCCCAAUGCUGCCAGCGCCCUGCGGGAUGGGAUGGCCUUGCUACCACUGCAAAGGUGGCUGGUACUGUGCUCCCGACAACAACAACAUGGCACCUGCUGCUGCAAACGAUCCUCCCGUCGUUGUGAUCAAGACUGUGACAGCUUUUGUCGCUCCCCAACCCACUGGAGUCGGCAAUGGUGGCACCGGAGACAGUGGCAACAACAACGCUUCUGGCGACGGUGGUAAUGGCAAUGGGGGCAAUGGGGACAACGGCAACGGAACGCCUGGCAAUGGUAACUCUGGCGCUGGCAACGGUGGCUCUUCGGCUGCAUCUACGCCUUGCACAACGGCGAGCAAUGGUCAGUACACCGGCCCUCCAGGAAAUGGUGCCGGCUCGGCCCCCAACCCCAGCCCGGACAACUCUAGCAGCGGCAAUGGCAAUGGGAACGGCAAUGGGAACGGCAAUGGGAACGGCAACAACGAUCCUGGUAACGGCAACGCAGGCAAAGGCAAUCCUGGCAACCCUGCAUCAACGCCUUGCACAACCACUGGCGGCCAACCCACGAGUCAAUCUGGAUCUGAUGGUGGCUCUGGAGAUGGUUCUGGAAUCAGUGGCCCUGCCAACGUCCCCGAACCACCGGCUGCAUCUCCUACUCUCUCUCCCUCCAAUCGAAACCCUCCAGCCAGUCCUGGCCAACCUCUCAGUCCCGCCUCCCCGUCACCUAACGGAAAUCCUCCAGCUGGGUACGGUAGUUCCCCUGCGAACCCUGCCAACGGCAACUCAAACAAUGGAUCUGGUAACGGCUCAGGCUCAGGUGCACCAAGUGACAACGGAGCACCUGGCAACACCGGCCCUUCAAGUCCAGAAGCCGGCAGCAACGCAGGUGCAGGAUCUGGCAACGCUGGCGCAGAAUCUGACAAUGGAUCUCCGGAUAACCGUGGACCUAAACCCGCUCCUGAGGUUACUGGCUGGGAGUAUCUUGGAUGUUUCAAGGACUAUGCCGUUCGAACACUCGAUGGCGACCCGUCCAUCUAUUUCACAGGUAGCAUGUCAAAUGAGAAGUGUAUUGCACACUGUGGCUCCAUGGGUUUCCAGCUCGCCGGCACGGAGUACGGCAAGGAGUGUUGGUGUGGCACUGCGUUCCAGCUGGCCGUACGCAUCCCGGAAGAGAUGUGCAACGAAGUUUGCGAUGGCAAAUCAAACGACAUCUGUGGAGGGGACUGGGCUGUCACCGUUUACAGUAAAACCGGCCAGGCUUUGAGCUUGCCGUCCGAUGACGAUGUUGCCAAUGGUGCCGGAGGUGGUAACGGCAACAGUGGAUCCGGCACCGGAAACAACGGAGGUGCCGGCAACCCACCAUCUGCUCCCCAGAAUCCUGCCCCGGGACCUCCUGCUGGACCUCCUGCCGCACCGCCGGCAUCACCCCCUCAGACACCAGGUCAAGGUCAGCCUCCACCACCCCCGGCAGGAAAUCCCCAGGACAGCAGCACUCCUCCUACAUCUCCAAACCCUGCACCACAGCCUCAGAUCGACAUUGCUUCUCUUAUCCAGAGCAUCAUCAAUGCGCUACCCAAGAGCAGUCCUGAUGGCGCGUACGGCAGCAGUCUGGGAGCAAGGGACUCUGGGGCGCCUGGCAGCAGUGGACUUGCGCUUCCUGUCAACUCUGCCGUUCCCAAUAAUAGUGCAGGAGGUUCGCCGAUGAUGGGUCCGGGUCUUAUCAACCCUAUGGAAGGACUCAGCCGCUAUGGUGGCAAAACAAGAGAGAUGGAAAGCCGAAAUAUGAAGCGCAGCAGCAUCAUAGGGCGGCGGGCCGUCGCAAAGUUUGAUGGUAUCAUCUGCGAUAGAGAAGAUGAGUGUGAUGACGGCUGUUUGACGAAGGCGCAGGUUUAGAAGGAAAAAGUUCCAUGCUAUCACGAAGUUAUGAUGAUGUAUGACUUAUGAUCAUGAAUGCUGGGUUCUUGUUCAGCACUUGCGGUUACUGG